CGGAACUCCUUAUCUCAAAAUCGUAUUCCGUGUUUAAUAUUAUUAGCUAGAUCGUCUCCCAGAAACGGGAAACCCAGUAAACCCUAGUCUUCUACUCUCCUCGACUCCGUCCCCUGCUCCUCUCUGUUUUUAUCUGUCGAUUUUGACGGCGUUCAUGGAGAGAUUCAAGGUUGGACCUCGCUCGCCGCCGCAAGCAUCAAUACUGGAUAACUUGUCAUCCAGCUCUUACCAGAUUCCUUCGGAUCAAACCCGUGUAUUAAUACGCUCGGGGUCCAGGAAUGCAGUAUCGCUGUGGACAUGCUCUAAGUUGUGUGCCGUUAGUUUUACAGUUGGAGUUUUUAUUGGUUUUACGCUGAGGCGGCGGCUAAGGCAGUGGGCUAGCAAACUACUGAAGAGAAUUAAAGAUGACUGAAAAUUCACAUUUUGUUAUAUGAUCAUAGUGCCAUUCUCAAUGGAUUUUGCGAUAAUUUGUCUUUUUUUUUUUAUAAAUGACAGUCGUUUGUUUUAGCUGUUCUUACUUUCGGAAAAGUAAUGAGUUCCAUCUUUUCUGA